UUCCCCAUUUCGACGUAGGUAACGCCCGUAAACGAUUGACGACCGUUUCGAUUGACCUGUGUUUGCUGGGCGCCCGCCGUUUUGCAUUCGCAAUUAUUCCCCAAAAGUGAGCGUGGAAUUAAUUUCCAAUUCGACAACCGUGCACACAAUUAGCACCACGCCGUACGCUGUUUAGUGCGAUAGGCUCAUUUCAACCGUUCGUAUCGGUGCCGCUUUUGAGAACCGACUCAGGAAACUAUCCCCACUAAGUUACUUAGAAAAUGCUGGAGCAAAUUUUCAUCAGUGAUGACGCCGUACGGGAUCCGGCCAAAAGUGCCCACUCACCGAUACGGAACUUUUUCCGCGGCAAAACCGUGUUCCUCACCGGGGGGACCGGAUUUCUCGGGAAGCUGUUCAUCGAGAAACUGUUGCAGUGCGAAGUGCGUGAAAUUGUGCUGUUGAUUCGUAGCAAACGUGGUCGAACUCCGCGGGAACGACUGCAGCGGCAACUGGAGCGAGAACCAAUCUACACGCAAUACUCGCGAAAUGCAGACUUCUACUGGAGUAAGUUACGUAUCAUGGAGGGAGCACUGGAGCAAGAGGAAUUGGGUCUGUCGGAAGUGGACAUAGACUACCUCCGAACCCAUGUCGAAAUCGUGAUUCACUCGGCCGCAGAUGUGCGUUUUGACCUUUCGCUGAAAGCCUCCUUCCGCACGAAUGUGUUCGGAGCGAAACAACUGGUUAACAUUGCACUUGGCAUGCGAAAGUUGAUCUCGUUCCUGUACAUCUCGACUGCGUAUUCAAAUUGCAUCCAGGAGGUGGUCGAGGAGAAGUUCUAUGACACCGAUGUCGAUCCGGAGGAGAUGAUGCGAGUCGUGGAAGCUAUAGACGAGGAGCAGCUGGAUACACUGAGCAGGAAAAUUAUCCAGCCUUGGCCUAAUACCUAUACGUAUGCGAAGGCACAGGCAGAGGGCGUGUUCCGGAAGUACUGCAACCGGUUGCCCGUCGUGCUGGUUAGACCAUCGAUAAUAAUUUCAACCCUGGAGGAUCCGAUUGAGGGCUGGACGGAUAACAUAUACGGCCUGAAUGGAGUAAUAACCGGUAUUGGAAGCGGUGUGCUGCGUAUCUUACACCUCAACGCAGACUAUUGUGUGGAUGUCGUUCCGGCUGACUUGGCCGUAAAUGCGUGUCUGGCCACCAUCUGGUAUACGGCUAGUCAAUCUCCCAUUGAAGUGGAUGGCAACGAGCGGGUGUUCAAUUGUAUCAGCCGAAAAGAUAAUCCGUUCACCUAUCGGGAUGUGCGAAGUUUUUCCGUGGAGUUUCGAGGGAAGAUUCCAGCUCUGCAGACACUGUGGUUCCCAACGGUUACGUUCAUAGAGUCUGCUACGCUGCACUGGUUUCUUCAAUUGUUUUACCAUUUCAUUCCGGCUAUACUAUUUGAUGUCUUUGCUAAGCUGAGUGGUCGCGAGGCAAAGAUACUGUUCCUCUACCGAAAAGUUCAGCAGUUUGCCGAUGCGUUGGAAUUCUUCACCACGAAUCAGUGGACUUUCACCAAUAAUCGGAUGCGUAAAGUGUAUGAAAGCAUGUCCGAAGACGACAAGGAGUGUUUCCCGGCCGACGUGAAGCUGGUGAAAUGGGCCGAUUUUAUGCAUAUUUACGUUUUGGGUUUAAGGAAGUACAUUUUGAAGGAAGACAUGAACAACUUGGAACAGGCGCUGAGAAAAUUCCGAAUGCUGAAGAUCGCACACUACUCAGUGUUAACGGUGGUUUACACGUUGAUCACGCUAGUUGCGUUUUUAUUGCUUCGAACAUUUUGGACUAAUUUUGUGUCCCAUUAUUUAAGUGGGUAGGAAAAUACAUGCCGAUGAAUUCUGCAAAUUGA